AUGGCGGCUUCGAAGGCCGUCAACCAGGCCAACGGCCGCAUCCCGACUGGCGCGGCGGAGGUCGAGUGGGCCAGCAAGGAGCCGCCCCACGACCAGCAGGCUCCCGGUAGCCAUGCCGAGUCCGUGGCAGCGGCUACGAUGGAGUAUUGCCGGAAGUGCGAGGCGCGACGGCGGAGCGAGGAACGGCGGUUAAAGGAGAUGGAGGAGUCGCCGGAGUGGCAGGCCCAACUGCGGACAGCCGAGGAGGAGGAGCAGCGGCUGUGGGAGAACCCGGGGUACCCACCCAUUCCGAGAUACGCGCCCGAGCCCUGCAUCCCGCCACCAGAAGUGGCAGAAGAUUCGGCGGCCUCACCUUCGCGGUGGCUGCCCGAGAUCCCACCCACACCGCGGUACGAGGGAUCACUGCAGUGGACGUUAGCACGACCACCCAUGCCGAAGUUCGAGCAGCCACCACCGCAGCAACAACCCGAACAACUCGAGCAGCCACCACCGCAGCAACAAUCCGAGCAUCGACAGCAGCAACAACACGAGCCACGCCAGCAGAAACAACCCGAUCCGCUGCAGCAACGGCAAGGGGACCCGAUGGGACACCACAUCCGGACGUACAUCCCGGUGGCCCACUUGAGGCACAGCACCCGGACGUUUUGGCGAAAGGGGUAA